UACCACCGCGUGCUACAUGCGGUGGUACUUACCUAGUAAGUACGAUCGUGGAUCAAACUUACACUGUUCAGUGUCACUGCUGUUACAGUGGCAUACACGCGUCGCGACGCGACUCGGUCACGAGAUCGGAUCGUCGUCGAAUCUGUGGCGCCGCAGCUUGCCCGUCUCCAGCAAGCGAAUAUGUACGCGAUGCCGCGGCGCGCACCAAAAUUCAAUUGAUCUCAGGUCAUAAAACUCCACAAAUACGUCCACACGGCUGUUUCUCUUGACCACCAUCUACCCGCCCUCAGGCUCGCCCGUUGUCGCAUAGAUAGCUAGCUGAAGUCCGUUACCGCAGAAGCACGUACACACUGACCAUGCCCAAACGCAAGUCUGAUGUUAUCGACGACGACGCGUUCGACGCGUCAAACGCGUCGGAUGUCGCUCCGUCUGACGACGAAAAGCCCAAGACGAAGAAGGCCCGCACGUCGGAGGCGUCUGGCGCGGCAGACGCGUCGACUUCAAAAGCACCCGCUAAAGGCAAGGGCAAAGGCGCGAAGGCGAAGGAGCCUGUUCCGUCAAAGGAUUGGUCGGAUAUCAAACUUGAAGGAGAGGACGAAGAUGGAGGCGUACCGGUCUACGACGACUGCAACGAUAUCAGGCGCAAAAUUCGCGCUCUUCAGAAGUCACCUGGCUUCAAGAUCACGCAUUGGCUGGACUCCAUUGGAAAGAUCAACAACAACUCCUAUAACCGCUUCAUGAAGCAGAGCGGGCCGACCGGGGGCGCGGAGAAUGGCACGUACUACGCCGCGUACGUCUACUUCGAGAAGGUUCGCAUCUCCGAGGGCAAGAAAAAAUCGGCCAAGCGUAUCCGAACGGAGCAGGAGGCGCCUGGUGGUCUCGAGUUGCGGGACCGCAAGCGGAUGUGGGUAAUAGGGCCGGCUUGAAUGUGAGGGAGUGUAAC